AUGGCGGUUCCGGUCGUUCCGGGAUUUGCCAGAGAGAAGAAAACAAGGCCGGUGACUGCAAGAGCGGCGCCUCCCUGUUCAGGUCUCAGACACUCGCGUCAUCUCCGCGUGGAUCUGGCUCUUGCCAGGAGGGAGCCCCGCUGGCGUCCCUGUGCCCCCACAACCCCCCCCCCCCCGGCCAUCGUUCUCCUCCCGCCGGCGCCGCAGCACGCGGAGCUCGGAGCGCCCCGGAUCCCACAGCACCCCUCCUUAGGCGCGCGCCUCCCGAGCUCGAGCUCCGGGCUCCCCUCGCUCCCGGAGCCCCGACUACUCGGCUUCCACCUUGGGCUGCGAAAGCCGCCGCCCCGCGCCACCCCCGCCCGGCCGGGCCCUUGUCUUAGCCGGGCUCCCCCGCCAGCUGCACGGCCACCGCCGCACGUGACCCGCCCCCGUCGCGGCUUCCGCUGA